AUGACGAAAUUUUACAUGAUACUCGGUCUUCUAUGCAUCGGCGUGAAAGGCGAGAACAAGAUCAACUUGGAGGACAUAGAGAGGGAUAAUUUAAGAGUGGAGGGUGUAUCGAAGUCCGGUAUUGCACGAGUCGAAGAGGCAAACUAUCCUACGAAGCCGGAAAUUGGCCAGCAACAGUAUCAAAUACCGUAUCGUGGGCCAACCGGUGCACCAAUCACAUACGUAACACCAUCCUCGGUGCAAAAUCUUCCUUCGAACGCGUACGCUACAAAGGAGCAAGUAUAUCAACGGCAAAAUAAUAUUUUGCCCGAAUCGAUAUUACCGCAGCGAUAUUACAACGAAUACCAACAACAAUCGUCGUCACCUUCGAAAGGAAUCGUGCCGAACAUUUAUGAAUCGCAACAAUUGGCCUAUCAACAGGAAGUGAACGUUGGAAAUCAAUUGCAGGCCAUUCGGCAAAAAACGGUCACGGCAAAAUUCGCGAAAAAUGCGAACAAAGAACCAAUAUACGUCGAUAUUCCAACCAUGCAUCUUUUCACUUAUUAUCCGAAUUUGGAUGUGAAUCCUGGUAAAAACAAUGGAUUCUUGCUACCCCAAUUAACCACAACGGCGACCAAUCACGUUUCCAUUCCACUCUACGCAACAACGAUUAGUCAAAAGCCAACGAUCGCUCCUGUAAAGCAAACUUAUCAAAUUCAGUACGCCCCCAAAUACAACUCCGUGCCUGGUGCUUCUUCGACCAAGGUGACGAAGAACGCUGUUUACUCGGCACCCGUUGCUUCAAAGAAAUUCACCGGCACUCAGGUAUUGAACGUGGCGGCUUACUCUCCCCCGUUAGAUCAAUCGUACGCCCAAGGAAGACAGCUUUUGUACACACAGGCGUACAUCGCUCCGUCUCAGCCGCAGUACGUUUCUCAGCUAGUGUACGCUCAACCGGCCACGAUUUACAUGCAAGCAACGCCGGUUUACACCGACGUUUACGCGCGUCCACCUAGCCACGAUCGGGAUAAUUCUUUGCAAGGGAAAUACGCAGCGCCGAUCGAGCAUACGCAGCUUGUCGAUGACCUAUCGAAUCAAGUUCUCGGGGAGCAAAGCAGCCAGGGCGUGACUCAGAAUUACGCCAAGGAUUCAGAAGGACCAAACACUGACUUGGUGCCACCUCAGAUGCCUCCGCAGGAUUUCAAAUCUGGCGCCACAUCUCUGUCUCCUGUCCCUGCGCAAGACGAAGAAUCUAUUCCUGAACAGAAUCAAGUAGGUUCGUCUGAGCCCAGAUCAUUGUUGGAUUCGUACAUUCCGAGCAAAUUGAUAGCAGCUCACGACUCUUCAAGAUAUCAAGAAAGGCCUAUACAAUUGGAAAGAGGUUUCCUUCCAUCGAAAGAAAAUUUUCUGUACAAGAAGCGUAAAAUCGACUAAAAAAAAAUCCAUGGGAAUUUUUUCUUUAUCUGAUAAUCGACGAGCACGAUGGUCA